GUAAACAUCCGGUAUUUCCGAAGAAAAUAAGAAGAAACCGAAGGAGCGGAGCGGCGUCUCUUCGGUUGGUGCUGGAUGUUCACUCGGUCGCUUCGUGAACGGAAACCGCGUAGUUUCUUUUUUUCCUUCACACCGGACUGCUUUUAGUUGUUAUAGCCGCAUCCAGUCGGACCACAUGUUAAUGAUUUCUGAGCAGUUCGACCGGCCGGAGGUUCGUCUGAAAAGGUUAACGAGGCAGCGGCGCAUCUCCGCGUCCAGAACGAAGUAGUGACGAACCGGUUCAGAACCGAGUGAUACCCGGCUCACGAUACCUGUAAUACCGGAUCAGUCGAUAAACCUGAUUUAAAAAAAAACAAAAACAAAAAAAAAAGAACAUUACAAUAAACAGUGCCAUCAGUCAUCAUUUUACUCAACAGGAAUAUACAGUGUACAGAAUGAAUCACCUGUCACUGAGUGAGCUGUGCUGCCUGUUCUGUUGCCCGCCGUGCCCGAGCAGGAUCGCGUCCAAGCUGGCGUUCCUGCCCCCGGAGCCAACGUACACGCUGCUAAGCGACGAGAGUGGCACACGCUGGACACUGCACCUGUCUGAGCGCGCCGACUGGCAGUACUCUGCACGUGAGAAGGACUCCAUCGAGUGCUUUAUGACUCGCACAGUGCGCGGUAACCGCAUUGCCUGCAUGUUCGUCCGCUGUUCGCCGAGUGCCCGCUACACGCUGCUGUUCUCGCACGGUAAUGCCGUCGACCUUGGACAGAUGAGCAGCUUCUACGUGGGACUUGGCUCGCGUAUCAACUGCAACAUCUUCUCCUACGACUACUCGGGCUAUGGUGCCAGCUCAGGAAAACCAUCUGAGAAGAACCUAUAUGCUGACGUCGACGCAGCGUGGCACGCCCUCCGAACCAGGUAUGGUAUAAGGCCGGAGAGCGUCAUAGUGUACGGACAGAGUAUCGGGACGGUGCCGUCCGUGGAUCUGGCCGCACGUUACGAGAGCGCCGCAGUCAUCCUGCACUCUCCACUCACCUCAGGCAUGCGGGUGGCCUUCCCUGACACCAAGAAGACCUACUGCUUCGACGCCUUCCCCAACAUCGAUAAGAUCUCAAAGGUGACGUCCCCUGUGCUGGUGAUCCACGGCACAGAAGACGAGGUUAUCGACUUCUCGCACGGCCUGGCACUGUAUGAGCGCUGCCAGAGGCCCGUGGAGCCGCUGUGGGUGGAAGGUGCCGGGCACAAUGAUGUGGAGCUUUAUGGCCAGUACCUUGAGAGACUCAAGCAGUUCGUCAGCCAUGAGCUCGUCAACUUGUAGUACGGUGAUGAACUCCGGACAGAAAAA